UCCCAAAACCCUAGCACUCCCCGAUCCCAUUUUCUCAAACGCAAACCCUAAACCUAGCGGCGGCCGUCCUCCACCACCUGAGAGACGCCGUGCUCCACCGCCGGCAAGAUGCAGAUCUUCGUGAAGACUCUGACGGGCAAGACCAUCACCCUCGAGGUCGAGUCCUCGGACACGAUCGACAACGUCAAGGCCAAGAUCCAGGACAAAGAGGGCAUCCCCCCGGACCAGCAGCGCCUCAUCUUCGCCGGAAAACAGCUCGAAGACGGCCGCACCCUCGCCGACUAUAACAUCCAGAAGGAGUCCACCCUCCAUCUAGUCCUCCGCCUCCGCGGUGGAGCCAAGAAGAGAAAGAAGAAGACGUACACGAAGCCCAAGAAAAUCAAGCACAAGAAGAAGAAGGUCAAGCUUGCCGUGCUGCAAUUUUACAAGGUGGACGACUCCGGAAAGGUGACCAGACUCAGGAAGGAGUGCCCUAACGCCGAGUGUGGCGCCGGGACCUUCAUGGCCAACCACUUCGAUCGCCACUACUGCGGCAAGUGCGGCCUCACCUACGUCUACCAGAAGGCCGGAGGUGAGUAAGGGAUUGGACAGGAAGAGCCGAUUGGAGAUCGAUAUAUAGAGCUUUGCUUUAGUGGUUGCUUAGUUUCAAGUCUUAAGCCUGGAAGACAAAAUAAUAUUUGUGACGUAAUUUUUGAUUAAUGCUUUUAUGUGAUGGAUUAAUUAUGGUACAUUUGAAAUUGGGAUCUUAUUAUUGCUAGAAUUGCUUGUUUGAUUGUUAA